CCAAUAAACACCACAGAAGAAGAAGAAGAAGGAAGAACAUCCACCUUCUGACACUUUCAAUGACAGUUUGCACACGUUUUUUUUAAAUCGUUUCCUCGAUAAGACAGGUAGUUAAACUAUAAAGUGACUACCAUGCACAGAGCUGCACGUACAGCUUUAUAUGACUGGUCGAAUAUUUUGAGCCCAGCGAUGAUUCGUCAGUGUUUAAGAUGCAGAGUACCCCCCCAGCUGAGCUCACGUGCCUACAGUGUGAUCCCGACCCCACGAGACAGUGAGGAGAAGGAGAUGCUGGACCGGAUCCUGCGCGUGGAUCAUGCGGGUGAAUACGGGGCCAACCGCAUCUACGCCGGCCAGAUGGCAGUGUUGGGUCGAACUAGUACUGGACCUCUUAUUCAGGAAAUGUGGGAUCAAGAAAAGAAACAUCUUGAGAAAUUCAAUGAGAUUCUCUCUGAGAACAGAGUUCGACCCACAGCGCUGCUGCCCAUCUGGAACAUCGCUGGCUUUGCAUUAGGUGCGUCCACAGCACUGCUGGGGAAAGAAGGGGCCAUGGCCUGCACUGUAGCGGUGGAGGAGAGUAUUUCAGAGCACUACAACAGCCAGAUAAGAGCGCUGAUGGAGAAGGACCCCGAGAGAUACACCGAACUGUUACAGGUAAUAAAGGAAUUCAGGGAUGAUGAGCUGGAGCAUCAUGAUACCGGACUGGAGCAUGAUGCUGAAUCAGUGCCUGGAUACUGGCUACUUAAAACUGCAAUACAGAUUGGCUGCAAAGUUGCAAUAUAUGCUUCUCAGCGUGUCUGACAUUGUUUUGAGAAUAAUAAAAAUGUUUGUUUGAUAUGAUGUGUCAGUUUGUGUAAAUGCUCUGAAUUUGAAUGGCAGUUUGAAUUUUGGUCUAUUGUAAAUAAAAACACUUUUUGUUGUA